GUGACAUCCUGAUCGCUGCUACAAAUAUUUCCAGAUAUCUUACAAGUGAACGACACGAUGCAGUCCGUCAUCGCUCUGCUCUGCUUGGCCUCCUUGGCCCUUGGUCUCCCUGGCCACUCGGGACCUCGGAUGUCCGCAGAGGAACGUAGUUGCUACAAGGCUCUGAAGGCGGGAGAAGAUAAAGCGGACAUGGAAGUCAAGAUGAACGCUUGCAUUACUGAACAGAAGGGACUGCCAGACAUCAUUAAAUCCUUCAAGGACGAUGGCGACCGAUGGCAUGGCGAUGGCAUGGAAGGUGGCAUGGAAGGUGGCGACGACAUGAAGAUGCUGGAGCUUUGCCAAUUGCUGGACAUGAAUGGACAUGCCGACAUGGCUGUGGCGCUCAUGAAAUGCAUGGUCACCAAAAAUGGGGGAGUGAAGGCGGACGGAUCUUUUAACAUUGAAGGAUUGAAGGCCGAGCUUCUGGCCCGAGUUGCGGGCUCCAGCCUGGAAGUCAACACCAGGAUGGGGCUGGACGCUUGCCCGACUGAUGAUCUGCUUAAGUUCAAUGUGAUGGCAUACAUGAAGUGCGUGACGAGCUAUUGUGCGACAGGGGCUGGACCAACCACCACCAUCAUGGCUACCAUGGCAACCACCAACACCAGCAUGGCUACCACCACCACCAAUGCCUCCAUGGCUACCACCAACAUCACUACCUCUGCUCCUACCAGCACCACUAAAUUGCCCUAGUUACCUAUCACUUAAUCUCUUGCUGUAUUUUCAGUUGAAAUUUUUCUAAAUUUGACUCUUUCAAAAUUUUCACCUUGUCAAUUUUCUUUCUCGCUACGACAGAUUCGUACUACAAGCUUUAAUACGUAUUUUCCUGCAUA